AUGACUUUUCAAAAUGAGUUUCCUGGGUUGACUUUGAGUCAACUCUGCGUCUCCGAACGGAGCAUCUACGUAGAAUCUGGCCUUAUCGCCUCUUUAUUGGGGUCAAACUGCAGCACACCGUCCCGGUUUCCCGGUUCCUCCCAUCUUCUGCAUGCUCCCUCUAAUCUUACGGACAUUAGCUAUCGUGGUAUUUGCUUGCCUACGGUGGCUUUCUGUUGCCUCACUUUUUACGUAGAGGUGGCCUUUCGCUUGCUAGAUCCAAAUGCCAUCCCAACUAGCAUCAACAUUUGCAGACCAUUCGCCUCCAACUGGUAA